AUGAGUAGUCGAAUAUGUCAAAUAGUUAAGAACUUUUUCAUAAUCUUUAUUAUAUUAACAACAUUCUUCCAAAAUACAUAUGGUUUAGACACUGCCAAACAAAAAAGUUUUUCUUCAAGUGAUGAGCAAGAUAAUUACCUGGAAUUCACUUUUACCAAACCUGAAUUAAAACAUUAUAGAGAUAAAGUUGAACAGUUUUUCACAUUUGCAUUAGACAAUUAUCUUUCAAAGGGUUAUCCAUACGAUGAAAUCAGACCUCUUUCAUGCGUACCAAAGACGAGAAAUUUUGGGAAUCUGAAUGAUCUUGUAACAAAUGAUGUAUUGGGGAACUUUACAAUAACAUUAUUAGAUUCGUUGACAACAAUAGCAGUCUUAGGGGAUCGUCAACGAAUGAAAGAACUAGUGAACUUAGUAUUAGAUACUUUUGAUGAUUUUGCAAUUGAUUCUACUGUACAAGUGUUCGAAACGAGUAUUCGUAUCAUUGGAAGUUUAAUGUCCACUCAUUUAUAUAUUACUGAUCCAAGAAAACGUGUAUAUUUAGGAGAUGAGUAUGACGGUGAAUCAUUAUUAUUAUUAGCGAAGGAUAUUGCCGAUAGGUUAUUACCCGCAUAUAUGACGAAGACUGGUCUUCCAGUAUCUCGUAUUAAUCUUUUGACACGAUUUAAAGAAUUAACCGUUGAGUUCUUAAAUGAAAACAAUGCAGCUGGGAUGGCAUCUCCAAUGUUUGAAUUCACAAUGUUAUCAUAUUUAACCAAUGAUAUGAAAUAUGAAAGGAUUACUAGAUAUGCAUUUGAUAAGAUUUGGGACAUGAGAAGUCCACUUGAUUUGAUCCCAAUGUCAUUCAAUCCACAGGAUAGAAGACUGUAUUCUACGAUGACCGGUGUUGGUGCAUCGAUUGAUUCAUUUUUUGAAUAUGCAUUAAAGGGCUCAAUUUUAUUUGAUGAUGACUCAUUAUAUGAAAUAUGGGAUACCGCAUACAAUGCAUUGAAAGUCAAUUGUAGAGGAGAUUGGCUGUAUUAUAAUGUCGAUACACAUAGUGGUCAACUAAUGACUUAUUGGAUCGAUGCACUAAGUGGAUUCUUCCCAGGUUUACAAACGUUAAGUGGGGACUUAGAAGAUGCUAUACCAAAACAUUUAUUAUUCAUGAAUCUAUGGGAUACAUUUGGUGGAAUCCCUGAAAGAUGGUCCUUUGAUAUCAGUAACAUAAUAUCGGCCUCGAAAACGUCUUCACCAUAUGAUCAACUACCAAAAUAUCAAAAGAUGGAACAAGGGAAAGAAUCCCAGGAGACGUUACGUAAACGGAAUAUACCAUUAGAAUGGUAUCCAUUACGUCCUGAGUUCAUCGAAUCCACAUAUUUCCUAUAUCGAGCUACCAAGGAUCCAUUCUAUCUUAAUAUUGGGGUACGAAUAAUUAAGGAUCUCGAAGAACGAUUCAUGGGUCCCUGUGGGUUUUCUGGGAUUCAAAACUUAUAUAGCGGAGAGAAGCAAGAUCGAAUGGAAUCGUUUGUGUUAAGUGAAACGUUGAAGUAUUUAUAUUUGUUAUUUGACGAGGACAAUGAAAUACAUAGUACGAGAGAUAAUGUUAUAUUUAGUACGGAGGGUCAUCCAUUAUGGUUAAGACCUGAUAUCAAAAGAAGAUAUAAGAUGGAAAGUUACUUCAAUGAUACGACCUGGAUAAACCAUUUACAAAUGUGUGAGACAGAAGAAAUUCAAUAUCUUGAAAGGAUGAAUAAUGAAGGUAGUGAUGCUGAGAAAGGGUUUUUCCAAUUCGCGAAAAGAUUACUAUCAGUUAGUACAGAAUCAUCAUCAUCAUCUUCUAAAGAAGAAGAAAAAGGUUCCAGAAUUAUAAAUGAUGAUGAUCAAGAUAAGAUUGUAGUAUCGAAUAUAUUAUCUUCACCAUCUCCUCAAUGCACGAAAUAUGCAAUUUUUAAAAGUGACGAACCAAACACAUGGUUAACUUAUUCGAAUAUAUUAAGUCAUUAUGAUCAAUUAUUCGAAAUAUCGCACCGAUAUGAGGAUACAUUGAUUCAACCUAAGAUAUUAAUGGAGAAUUAUUACUUGCCAAUGGCAUUGGAACCCAAGUUUUAUAACGUAUGGGCCGAUCCUAAAUAUAGUCAAAGUCGACGUCAAGCCACAACUAUUGCUAUGGACCUAAUAUUCAUGUCAAUGAAUGGCACAUACCUUCCACCAAUCAAAUUUGAUGGCAAUUCCACUAUCCGAUGCAGUACAUUCCAAGGUAGACGGAAGAUACGAUUAGAGAAGAUUGCUCCGCGGCUAAUCGACUCGUAUGGCGACAUUGUCGAUACAUCUGCGUUUCAAGAGGUUCAACGCAAGGAUGUGUAUAAUACUGGAUGUGAUACUACAGCAGAAUUAUACACGCCUUCAUCAUUGUAUCGUGCGGUCAAGAUAGAUGGGGUAGAUAUUCCUAAAGGGUAUCGUUUAGAAUUACCUCAUGACGAAUUGUUUGUUGAACCAAGAGAUGAGAACAGUUCAUUAGGAUUAAAUUAUGAAAAUCAGAUGAUGUUACAAUGUAUACCUGUCAUAAAUAUUUAUGUAAAAUGA